GCAGGAGCGCGGCAAGAGCUGCGGCGCCAACUGGGAGCGCGGGCCCCCGCGCGCGUUCGCACCCAUGGCGUCGCGCGACCUGACGCGCAAGUUCGUCGAGUGGCGGUCGGCGCGGCCGCGGCGCGCGGCGCCGGGUGCGCUCCGGUCCAACAGCCGCGAGGACCGGUCCCUCGUCGGCGGCUACGCGAGCGACACGUCGGAGCCGCCGGAGCCCGCGACGCUUCCGCCGACCCUGCCGCCGGUCUGGGUCGACCUCGUCGAGCGCGUCGAGGGCGACGUCCUCAAGAUCGAGCGGGCGACGCGCGAUCUGGCCGCGCUGCACACGAAGCGUCUCAUGGUGAGCUUCGACGACGCGGGCGAGGCCGCGCUCGACGACGAGAUCGCGGCGAAGCAGCGCGAGGCCACGAAGCUCUUCCGGGCCUGCGAGAGCUCCCUGAAGCGCGUCGCCGCGCACGGCGGCGACGACCUCAGCGACAGCGAGCGGACGAUCCGGUCGAACAUCCAGCGGUCCGUGGCCAUGCGCAUCCAGGCGCUGAACACGGACUUCCGGAAGGCCCAAAAGGAGUACAUGGUGCGCCUCAAGUCGCAGAAGGAGGGCUCGACGGGCACCUUUGACUUCCUCUCGGGCGGCGAGGCGAGCUCGGCCGCCGAGGGCGUCGACUUCAACGACCGCCAGCUCGCGGCCGUCGUCGACGUGGAGAACCUCGUCGACGAGCGCGACGGCGAGAUCAAGCAGAUCGCCGAGUCCAUCCAGGAGCUGUCGACGAUCUUCAAGGAGCUCGCGGUCCUCGUCAUCGACCAGGGCACGGUGCUCGACCGCAUCGACUUCAACAUGGAGCAGGUCGCCGAGCACACGCGCAAGGGCGUCGUCGAGAUCGAGAAGGCCGAGCAGUACCAGAAGGCCGCGCGGCCCCGCAUCUGCAUCGCGCUGCUCCUCUUCCUCAUCACCAUCAUGAUGAUCGCGCUCAUCCUCAAACACCGCGACGGCGACAAGAAGGACGACAAAAAAUAGGGGCCGAGGCGGGGCGGCCUAAAUCGGAACUCGUUUGA